AGUGUGAAUCAAGUUUAUUGUGCCUAUUCGGGGCCCAGAAGGCCUAUCAACUUCAUUGUCACCAUCCAAAGUCCAUUACUGAUGCAAUAACAAUCUCUAAACCACGGAAGAAUUUGUACUGCCAAGAUUGAUUUGUGUCACUCUCGUCUUCAAGGAUGACUGUUUUUCUUCUAUAGUCCAAACGUUGAUCCACUGAGAUCCUAUCCAUCCUAUCAUCAUGACGAAAAGUGUGACUGUCACCUAUGCCUUAUGGGCAAUGGGUGGACCGUUGGGCCUUCAUCACCUGUACUUAGGAAGAGACAGCCAUGCCCUGCUAUGGAUGCUAACCCUUGGGGGCUUUGGAGUUGGCUGGGCCAGAGAGUUCUUUCGUAUCCCUGCAUAUGUGGGAGAAGCCAACCGGGAGACAGUAGGAGGGUUAAGAGAUAGCAAAAGGCACCCUAUAGCCAGACCUCCACCUGUGAGCGUUGCCAGAUUUGCUGGUCAGAUUUCCGUAGGGAUCUAUUUCGGAACGGUGGCACUGAUCGGCCUGAACUCACUGAGUUUCUUCUACCUGAUUGUACUGCCGCUGUGUGUGGGCGCCGGGGUCCACCUGGUUUCCAGUGUGGGAGAGCAGACAACUGACCUACACAAGACCCUCAUCGCCUGUGUCAUCACCUCCCCUAUCUUCUAUGGCAGCACCAUCUCCCCUCUGCCCAUCAGUAUCGCUGCCAGCGUCACAGCGUCACAGCACCGCAGGUUCAAAACCCAUCCAUCUUCUGGGAGUCAACAAGAACUGGGUCCUCGUCUCUACCGUCUGGCCCUCGUCUGGCUGGCAUUCUCAGCUCCACUGGGAUACAGUAUCUUCCACAACACCACAGCCACUCUCUACUACCUGUCUGACUGUGUGGCAGCCCUGCUGGACAUGUUCUGGUUCUUUCCCUGGCUCCGCUCGGUGGUGGAGUAUUUCCUGCUGCUACCCUACAGGAUACUGGGUGCUUUCACGGGCUGGGGCCCCUCGGAGGAGAGCUGGAGGAAGGUUUUGGAGAUCCUGCUCACAGAGCGCAGUCAGAGGGAGAGAGAGGCACUGCAAAUGUUGUCAGUGAAUAAGGAGGCUUCUAUGGAUGAGAUAACACAUAGCUACAGAGAGCUGGUGAAGGUGUGGCACCCAGACCAAACCCUGAGCAAGAUGGAAGAGGCACAGAAGAUGUUUAUACAGAUCCAAGAAGCCUAUGAGACUCUGCUCAGAGGACAGAAGCCUGAGCAUCGAAAUAAAUGAUUUCCCUGCUCGACCCGUCAA